CGUGCUUUUGACAUACGGCCGAAGAAUAAGAUUAACCUAAUUUUUUGUAAAAAUAUGUAAAAUGUCUAUAAUUAUUUCAACAAUUCAGAAAUGUUGCGUAAAAUCGUUGGAAGAAAAACUGCUAGCUUUAAGUUUAACCAGUACAACUCAAAUAAGAGAAAAACACAAGUUAAAUCCGCCGCCGAGGCUUAGAAAUCCUACGUGGUUUACCAAACAAAACCGUGUUGUUAAAGAAGAGUUUUUAACUCAUGAAAAUAAAGAGUUUUUAAGGGAAAUCGUGCAAGAUAAAGUUGUGGAGAGUGAGAGUAAGUUACCUGUUGUAUCUCCCAAAGAAUGGAACGAUAAAUUGCAAAGAACAGGGGUUAUUGCAAGGAAAGUAGGCAUCUACCCAAUGUGGUUAAAAGAUGGGACUAGAAUUCAAACUACUCUGCUACAAGUUCUAGAUAAUCAUGUUAUAAGGUAUUAUACCCCAGAGGAGUAUGAUCCUCCCCGUAAACAAGUUGGGGGCAUUAAAAACAAAAAGGGUUGUUUAUUGUUGGGAGCUGAGAGUGCAGAUCCUUCAGAGUUCACCAAAGAGUAUUGUGGGUUAUUUAGAGAGUCUGGGGUUAUACCAAAAAGAGUUUUAUCAAGGUUUUUUGUGAGCCCUGAUGCUGUUUUACCACUGGGAACACAAGUGAAUGUUCUGCACUUCCAAGUGGGAAAUGUGGUGGAUGUCAGAGGGAAAACAGUGGACAGGGGUUUUCAAGGGGUAAUGAAACGUCACGGUUUUAAAGGCAUGCCCGCCUCUCACGGUGUCACAAAAACUCACCGUAAGGGUGGUUGCAUCGGUGGCGGUGGCGAAAAGGGCAGAGUUUGGCCCGGAACAAAAAUGCCCGGUCACAUGGGAAACAGGCACAGAAUCCAGAAAGGCUUGAAAAUCCUAAGGAUCAACACAAAAUACAACAUUAUGUGGGUCUCUGGACAGGCUAUAGCUGGAGAAACUAAUUCAAUUGUUACUAUUUAUGAUACUAAGUUGCCUCUGAGGAAACCAACAAAUCCUGUUCCAUUCCCUACUUAUAUUGGGGAGAUUGAUAGCACUAUACCUGAAGAUAUUUAUGAUGAACAAGUACAUAUGUUUAAUGAUCCCACAAUUUCAUAUGAUGAGAAGUAAAAAUAGUUUUAAUAAAAGUUGUUGAUUAAUAAACAUCUAUUAUUUUAUUAAAAUAGGAUUAAAGUAGGUAGG